CAGUUAUAAAGAGGCUGACCCAGCAGAGGGUGGAGAGGAAUUACAAGGUGCAGGAAAACAGCAGCACCGGACCAGGCUGGGUGUCUGCUUGACUCACCACAACCUGCUCUGCACCAUGGGGAAGGACAGGCUGCUCAUCAAACCAAACAUCUUCCUUCUUCUCCUUUUCCUCCUUCCUGGAAAUGCCUCUCCCACCACAGAACCGCAGUACAUGGUGCUACUGCCCUUUCUGAUACACACCGAUUCUUCUGAGAAAGUCUGUGUUCAGCUGACCCACCUGAACGAGUCUGUGACACUGAGUGCCACUCUCGAGUACCAAGGGGAAAACAGGAGCUUGAUUGAUGACGUGGUGUCGGAGAAGGACUUGUUCACCUGCAUCCCUUUCUCUCUUCCAAAAUCCAAUAGCACAUCAGUGGCAUUUCUCACUGUGACAGUGAAGGGGGAGACACUGCAAUUCAGGAGCCGCAAGUCAGUGCUGGUCAAGAAUUCUGAGAGCUUGGUCUUCGUCCAGACAGACAAACCCAUCUACAAGCCGGGACAGACAGUUCUGUUUCGGAUUGUCUCUCUGGAUAAAGACUUCUACCCGCUGAAUGAGAAGUUUCCAUUUGUCUAUGUUCAGGAUCCCCAGAGGAACCGUGUGUACCAGUGGCAAGGGGUAGAACUGGAGACCGGCCUUACACAGCUCUCCUUCCCCCUCACCUCUGAGCCCAUCCAAGGCUCCUACAAAAUAGUCGUGCAGAAGAGCUUCACUUCCCAUGUGGAGCACUCCUUCAGUGUGGAGGAAUAUGUGCUGCCCAAGUAUGAGGUCCUGGUGAAGCUGCCCAAGAUGAUAACUAUUAAGGACAUGGAGCUUCCAGUGUCCGUCUGUGGUCUGUACACCUAUGGGAAACCUGUUCCUGGUUUGAUGAAUGUCCAAGUGUGCCGGAAAUUUUCCCAUUCUGCUUCAAAUUGUUAUGGAAAAGAAGCAGAAGCUGUGUGUGAAGAAUUCACUAGGCAGGUGAAUGCUCGUGGAUGUGUUUCUGGUGUGGUAAGGACCAAGAUAUUUCAGCUCCAGCGCAGGGGAUAUGAGAUGAACAUUGAGGUACAAGGCAAGAUGACAGAAGAUGGCACAGGAAUAGAGAUGACUGGAACAGGUUCCUGUGGAAUCACAUCCAUCAUGAGCAAAAUAAGCUUUGACCUGCUGGACUCUCAGUACAGACCAGGGAUCCCAAUCUUUGGGAGGGUGAAGCUGGUAGAUGGCACUGAUGCUCCAAUCGCCAAUGAAACCAUCAUGAUUUCUGUGGAUGGAGACCUAUAUAAAGGGAAUUACACUACAGAUGAGCAGGGACAAUCCUGGUUUUCCAUAGAGACUACCACCUUCACACAAGCCUCCCUGGAAAUGCGAGCUGAACAUAAACCUGAACUGAACUGUUAUGACAGCGACUGGAUCACACCUUCAUAUGAGCAUGCCAUCCGUAGAAUAAGUCGCUUUUACUCUCCCAGUAAGAGCUUCCUCAAAAUUGAGCCAAAGCCUGAGACAUUAAGUUGUGGCUUCCCCACAGAGAUCCAGGUGCACUAUAUCUUCACACCAGAGGCCAUAGGAGAGCAGAAGGAAAUCGUCAUUUACUAUUUG